AAAAACUGGGUCACACCCUCUAAGACAAAUAAUGUGUAUCCCAUUUUCUUCGCUUCCUCAUUAAAGCUGAUAUCCUUGAUUUUCUCUAUACGAAUAACGCGUAAUAUUGGGAACCUGGAAAAGCUUAAACCUAAGCAUUUUGAUCGGUUCCACAAUUUUGUUGGAUUGGGAUACAGAGGGAGAAGAGAAGACAUUCAAAUGGGAAAUUAGUCCAAAUGUGAAAUGUCGUCAAAUGUGAAAUUAGUCCAACGCGAGGAGACAUUCAAAUGUGAAGAUGAUUUUUUCGGUCAUUUUUUCUCAUCUUUUUCGCAUCUGGAUUCUGGAGAGAUGUGUAGUUUAGGAGACGACGACAUCUACGCCAGGUACGAAUAGUGAGAUUAUGGCACGUUUCAAACCGCGACAAACCAGACAACACCGUCUCCCUUGAAUUAAUUAUUCAAGACGAAAAGGGCGAUCGUAUUCAUGCGACUAUUGGUCGGUCUCUUAUACGUAUGUUCAAACCAAAGAUAAAAGAAUUGGGUUUGUAAUUUAUAAAGAACUUUGUGGUUGGACCCAAUUAUACGAAACUUAAAUACACACAGCAUAAAUUAAAGUUGGCAUUUACUCAUAAAACGAUUGUAGAGGAAGAAAAUGAUCAUCUUUUUGGUAUAUUGAUGUUGAAGAAAGUGAACUCUUCAGUAAGUAUUCAAUUCGCAGUUCUUUUAUUUGAAUGUCUUAUCAACUUUGUCCUGAUCAUUUUUCUAAAUUAUUAUAGAUGUCAUUGGAGAGGUUGUAAGUUAUGGUGAAGUAGAAUGACAUAACCAAGGUGAUAAGACCAGCACUUAUAUGAAUGUGGAACUUGAAGAUCAUGAGAGGAAUAAUAUCUCGGCAACAUUUUGGGGAGAAUUUGUUGACCAAAUCUUGCCACAUUUAGAGGGAUCACCCCAUGAGCCGGUCAUAGUUGUUAUGCAGUUGAUAAAAGUUCACAAAUUUCAAGGCAAAUAUUCUGUGCGUAAUACUUGGCAUGCCUCAAAGCUCUGGAUUAACCCGGAUCUUCCUCAAGCUGUUGGAUUUAAGUUCAGAUUGGCAAGUGUGAAUGAAGUUAACUCUUCCAGAAUCAGUCAAAUACCUUCUCAACGUAGUUAUUAUGUUUCUGAUGAGUUAGCUACUGGAACUGUUGAAGAACUAUUAGAGUAUUGGUCGACUGCAUGGAGGUGA